GUGGGGUUGCGUUGGGGCCCAGCCCCCUCCCUGCACUUUCCGGCCAUGGCGCGCCGACGCGUGGGGCUGGCCCUGGCCGUGCUGGGGCUGCUGGGGCUGCUGGGGCUGCUGGGGGCGUGCUUUUGUGGACUUCAACACAUGCCUCGCAGGAGCGCGCAGCACUCCGUCCAGCAUGCAGGAUCCACCGAGGACCGGACUUGCAAUUCCAGCUACGGGCAGCGGCCCAGGUGGCGGCAAAGAUACCGCCGUGUGCUGCCCUUUGAUGAGGCGCGACGCUGUGUGCAGGCCAUCGGCUUCGCGAGCCGUGAGGAGUGGGACGAGUGGGUCGCCGAGGGAAAGAAGUCGCCGUUCCUGGGGCCUUAUGUGCCGAGUGAUCCCGAAGCUAUGUAUGCGGAGGAGUGGCAGGGAUGGGGCGACUUCCUGGGUGUCCUCCUGCCCUACCAGGAGGCCCGCCUGGUCUCCCGCCUGUUGGGCCUCAAAAGCCAAGAGCAGUGGUACGCCUUUGUGCAGGCGGACGCCGUUCGCCUGCGAGCCUUGCGGCUGCCAGCUUUGCCAUCCAUUGUCUACAAGGAAGAGUGGCAGGGCUACGAGGAUUGGCUGGGGCUUGGCGACGAGACGCUCUAUGUCCCGCGUGAGUGGAGCAAGUAGAAUCGAAGCAAGAUAGGCCUGAGUCCGACUGAGUCCUACAUUGGGUUGCUCGCGGUCGACCCGCAAUUUUACUGCUGCCGCCAAACCGCGAAGGGCCACUCCCUCAAACUGCGCCAGACCCUUU